AUGCGCGAGAUUGAUGCGCAUUUCGACGCCUACGAGCAUCUGAAGCACCUACCGCGAGAUGGCGAGGCCCUGCACACGCUCCGCAAGGCUGCAUCCAUGGUCAAGCCCAUGAUGAGGAAGCGCGGCUGGAAGGUCGGCACACUGGCCGAGUUUCUCCCUGACGAGCCUCAGCUGCUGGGCCUGAACAUUAACCGCACAGAGAGAAUCCUCAUCCGCCUGAGAUAUCACCAUGAUUCCAGGCAGUUCCUCUCUAUGGAGCAGGUCACAGACACGCUGCUGCAUGAGCUCUGCCACAUCGUCAUUGGUCCUCACAAUGUCGACUUCAACAAUCUGUGGAACGAGCUUCGCGAGGAGCACCAGUCGCUCCUCAUGAGGGGUUACACUGGAGAAAGCUUCCUGUCGCAAGGCCAGAAACUCGGUGGCAAGCGCAUACCGCUCGACGAAAUGCGCCGCCAGGCCAGAGUCGCCGCUGAGAAACGAAGAGCCGCGCCCAAGGCCAAUGCAGGAGGACACCGCUUGGGGGGUUCGCGGCCCACAGCACAUGGCGUUGACAUGCGCAAAGUCAUUGCAGACGCCGCGUCCCGCAGGAGCAGCAUCAUCGAAGGCUGUGCCAGCGGCAGCUCUGAGGCUGACCGGCUGCUCCACCAACAAGAGCGAGACCGUUUCCGUACGACAGCCGAGCAAGACGACGCCAACGAUUGGGCGAUUGCUCAGGCUCUGCAGGACCUCAUGUACGACGAGGAAAUGCAGAGAUUGGGUGCUCCAACGGGCAACGGUGGUCUCAGUUGGGAUCCCAAAAACGGUCUGCAAUUCGACAGUGCACAGCCUCCCUCGGUCCCCUUGGCAACUCGACCCUAUCCCACACGCAGCACCACGCAUCCUCCCCAAGGACGGCCUCUGUCACGCCUGCUCACGCAACCGCUGUCAAGAUCAACAUCCACCAGGCACCCCGUCUCUGCAAGGCCGCCCCCGCGCCUCAUCUCAUUGGAAGAAGAGCAGCUUCGAAAUAGGCAAUUUCCACCCCCAGCCCCGCGACCAGCUGACACGCCUCUGCCCGACCCUACCAAGUGGGCGUGUCCGCAAUGCACACUGCACAACUCUCUCGACUACCUUGCCUGUGGCGCGUGUGGCCUGGAGCAACCGCCUCAGCCCAUACCAGAGCACAAGCGCUUUGCGUCGUCAUACACGGCACCCGUUCUCCCUAAGCCCCCACCACAGUCUGGGUUGCGCGGCCGUGGAGCCACACCGUUUGAGCCAGCACGGGGGAGAUUGGGCUGGAAUUGUUUGGAGUGUGGAACCUUCAUGGAAAACCAAUGGUGGACAUGCUCGCUGUGCGGGACAAUGAAGCCGGACUCGUAG